AUGAUAUCUCAACAAGCGACUGUACCUCCGUCAAGUGCACUACACGUCGGAGUCCCAUUAAAGCCAGAAGUUCAAGCUGAAGAAGGAAUCAUCUCAAGCGAAGACUGUGGCAGGGAACAAUUCUCAUCCGCCCUUGUAGCAACAAGUGUCAGAGUGCAGCAAGUUAUUGUCUCUAAGCGACCGAUAGAUAUUCCGGUAGAACUGUGGUGGAAGGUGAUCGACUUUGCGGCCGACGAGAUCCUCUGGUACAAGAAUGGCCGGACGCAGAUGCGAGUGCUUGCGAGGGUGAGUCGAGCGUGGUACACUCAGUGUCGCCGUCGUGCGGAGGAGAGGCUUGAUGUCCUCAUGAGAAGCAAGAAAGAGGUCUAUCGGCUAAUCAGAAGACUGGAAGAAAACCCAGAGCGAUGCGGAGCUAUCAAGAGAGUGCAUUUCGUGAACGAGAAGAUCAAUACGUUUGGGUCGAUUGCCGUCCGCAUGGCAGGGAAGCUGCCCCAAGUGGAGACGCUCACGCUCUCGUGUGAUAGGAGUAUUCACAGCUAUUUCUGCGACUGGGACGCUGGGCAGCUGCACACACACGUCUUCCUGCAUGUGAGGGUUGCGUUCGAGUCGGUGACCACCCUAGAUCUCUUCGAGGUCAGAUUCCCUUCUGCGAUGGUGUUUGGACGACUUGUCUGUGCCCUUCCGCGCCUCACCUCGCUGACAUGUGAAUUGGUGGAGUUCAAGCAGCCAAGCGUUGCGCCGAGCCCAGGGCCUAGUCUCCUUCGACUCGGUGCAGUCAAUCUGGCGGACAGCCCCCACAUCGUUGACUUCCUCCUUGAGACUAGGGCCGGUGCCUUCCUCCGCCAUAUCACCUACAGUGGAUCUGUCGAGGCGUGCUCAAGGCUGGUGGCUGUCGCCGCCCCGUCGCUCUCUUCCCUCCACUUCACCCCAGCUCGCUACAAAUUUCAGGUAAAUCAUGAUCCCGAGUCAAGCCCCGAUCUUCUUCCUGAUCUCAUGCCAGCUCAAGCCUUGUGUGUCCUGUCCGUCAGCCUCUCCCCCUACUCCAAGUUCGACCCGCGGCAGCUAGCAAGUGCCUUACCUCGCGCCUCGCUACCCAACUUACGUGAAAUCGAGAUCACUGCAUGGGUUAGUGUAAACGUUAAAUUUGACGCUUUAGACAGCGAGUCGUAUGCACAGAUUGACAAAGUCUUCUCCGGCCGUCAAUUUCCCCUACUUCGCAAGGUCACCUUCCACCUCCGAUGCGAGGUUGCUCUAAGUAAGGUGAUGGACGUCAUAUCCGCAGUUACUUGGAGAACGCAUCUCUCGUCAAAGAUUCCCCUCCUUCAUGCCAGUGGACGGCUCUUGGCCCCUGUCUCUGUUGUUGUACGAGAGAAGAGAGAGUACGAGGAAUACGAGCACGACUUUUCUUCGUAG